CGGGCCAGCGCCGGGGACCGAGCCGCGGAGACAGCGGGCCAAGGCGAUGGAGGGCGACGGGCUGCUGUUGGGUGGCGAGCCCGUCUCGGGACCCGGCCCGGGCCCGGGGGGCGGCGGCGGUGGGGGCGGCGGAAUGAUCCGCGAGCUGUGCCGGGGCUUCGGUCGCUACCGCCGCUACCUGGGACGGCUGCGGCAGAACCUGCGGGAAACCCAAAAGUUCUUCCGCGACGUCAAGUGCUCCCACGACCACAGCUGUCCGCCCUCCCCCGCGGGCGGCGGCGGCGGCGGCGGGGCCGAGCCGGGCCCGGCCGGCGACGUCGCCGAACUCGAGCUGCAGGCGGGCCAGCUGAGCUGCAUUUCCUUCCCAGCUAAGGAAGAGAAGUACCUCCAGAAGAUGGUGGACUGCCUCCCCUGCAUCUUGAUCCUCGGCCAGGACUGUAAAGUCAAGUGCCAGCUGUUGAACCUGCUGUUGGGGGUGCAGGUGCUUCCCACCAGCAAGUUGGGCAGCGAAGAGAGCUGUAAGCUUCGGCGCCUCCACUUCACCUAUGGGACUCAGACCCGUGUCAGCCUGGCUCUCCCUGGACAGUAUGAACUAGUGCACACACUGGCUGCUCACCAGGGCAACUGGGAGACCAUCCCUGAGGAGGACUUGGAAGUUCAAGAGGACAGUGAGGAUGCUGCUCAUGUUUUAGCUGAACUGGAGGUGACAAUGCACCAUGCCCUCUUACAGGAAGUGGACAUUGUGGUGGCACCAUGCCAAGGCCUCCGGCCCGCAGUGGAUGUUCUGGGGGAUUUGGUGAAUGAUUUCUUGCCUGUGAUAACCUAUGCACUCCACAAGGAUGAACUUUCUGAGAGAGAUGAGCAAGAGCUUCAGGAAAUCCGAAAGUAUUUUUCCUUUCCCAUAUUUUUUUUCAAAGUGCCAAAGUUGGAGAUAAUAGAGUCCUCCACCAGGACAAUGGAGAGUGAAAGAUCACCACUGUAUCGCCAACUAAUUGACCUGGGCUAUCUGAGCAGCAGUCAUUGGAACUGCGGGACCCCUGGCCAGGAUAUAAAAGCUCAGAGCAUGUUGGUGGAGCAAAGUGAGAAGUUAAGACAGCUGAGUACAUUUUCUCACCAGCUGCUACAAACUCGCCUGGUGGAUGCAGCCAAGGCCUUAAAUCUGGUGCACUGCCACUGCCUCGACAUCUUUAUUAACCAGGCCUUUGACAUGCAGCGGGACCUGCAGAUCACUCCUAAACGGCUAGAAUAUACUCGCAAAAAGGAGAACGAGUUGUAUGAAUCUUUGAUGAAUAUUGCCAACAGAAAGCAAGAGGAAAUGAAAGAUAUGAUUGUUGAGACACUCAACACCAUGAAGGAGGAACUCCUGGAUGAUGCUGCCAACAUGGAGUUUAAAGAUAUCAUUAUACCCGAGAAUGGAGAACCAGUGGGUACCCGAGAGAUCAAAUGCUGUAUCCGACAAAUCCAGGAACUAAUCAUCUCCCGGCUUAAUCAGGCAGUGGCUAACAAGCUGAUAAGCUCAGUGGAUUACUUACGAGAAAGCUUCGUGGGGACACUGGAACGGUGUCUGCAGAGCCUGGAGAAAUCACAGGACGUCUCAGUUCACAUCACCAGUAAUUAUCUCAAACAGAUCUUAAAUGCUGCCUAUCAUGUUGAAGUCACUUUUCACUCAGGGUCUUCAGUUACAAGGAUGCUGUGGGAACAUAUCAAGCAGAUUAUCCAGCGUAUCACAUGGGUGAGCCCACCUGCCAUCACUCUGGAAUGGAAGAGGAAGGUGGCCCAGGAAGCCAUAGAAAGCCUCAGUGCCUCCAAGUUGGCCAAGAGCAUUUGCAGCCAGUUCCGGACUCGGCUCAAUAGCUCUCAUGAGGCUUUUGCAGCCUCCCUACGGCAGCUGGAAGCUGGCCAUUCAGGCCGGCUGGAGAAAACUGAAGAUCUGUGGCUGAAGGUUCGGAAAGAUCAUGCUCCACGCCUAGCCCGCCUUUCCCUUGAGAGCCGUUCUUUACAGGAUGUCUUGCUGCAUCGUAAACCUAAAUUAGGACAGGAACUAGGCCGGGGGCAGUAUGGAGUUGUAUACCUGUGUGACAACUGGGGGGGACACUUCCCUUGUGCUCUCAAGUCAGUUGUCCCUCCAGAUGAGAAGCACUGGAACGAUCUGGCUCUGGAGUUUCACUACAUGAGAUCUCUGCCAAAGCAUGAGCGAUUGGUGGAUCUCCAUGGCUCAGUCAUUGACUACAACUAUGGUGGUGGCUCCAGCAUUGCUGUGCUGCUCAUUAUGGAGCGGCUACACCGGGACCUCUACACAGGGCUGAAGGCUGGGCUGACACUGGAGAUGCGUUUGCAGAUCGCUCUAGAUGUGGUGGAAGGAGUCCGUUUCCUACACAGCCAGGGGCUUGUUCAUCGCGAUAUCAAACUGAAAAACGUGCUGCUGGAUAAGCAGAACCGGGCCAAGAUCACUGAUUUAGGAUUCUGCAAGCCAGAGGCCAUGAUGUCCGGCAGCAUUGUGGGAACACCAAUUCAUAUGGCCCCUGAACUUUUCACAGGGAAGUAUGAUAAUUCUGUGGAUGUCUACGCUUUUGGGAUUCUUUUCUGGUAUAUCUGCUCAGGCUCCGUGAAGCUCCCUGAGGCAUUUGAGAGGUGUGCUAGCAAAGACCAUCUCUGGAACAAUGUGCGGAGAGGGGCCCGGCCUGAACGUCUGCCUGUGUUUGAUGAGGAGUGCUGGCAGUUGAUGGAAGCCUGUUGGGACGGCGAUCCCUCUAAGAGGCCUCUCUUGGGCAUUGUCCAGCCCAUGCUCCGAGGCAUCAUGGACCGACUCUGCAAGUCCAGUUCUGAGCGACCAAACAGAGGAUUAGAUGAUUCUACUUGAAAGCAGGGGCUUUUCCCUUUCACUCUUCAAUCCUUCCCUUCACCUUUUGGCUGUGGGGAGAACUUGAUGUUUAUUCACUAUGGAAGCUCCCAAGGGAAUUGGUGCUUGCUGGUGACCUCAUGGGCAGAGAUGGCUCCUGGACAGUGAAGAGUUGGAUGACCAGCUUGGCAUUCUGGGCAGUUUGCUGAUGUCCACACUGUCCCUGUGAUAUAGAUGGUCUAAAAUUUGUAAAAAGGAGACAAAUGUUACUUUACCACCGUUUAUAGUUACUGUAUUAGGUUACUAAGACCGGAGUGGGAAAUGCAGAGGCAGUAGGAUUAAAAUGUAUUGCUUUCAUGUUGUCAGCUCUAACUAGGCUUGGUUCUGCCCAGUGGUAAGGACCAUUUAGAAAAUUUGUGUGAACACAAGGACAACAAAAAUAACUUGAGAUUGCCUGGUUCCUGUUAUAAGUGACCAAGGAUGUCACAAGGUGGGACAGAUAAAGCUGUCUGCAGUGGCAGUGCAGUGUGUUUACAUUUUAGGGCCACAUGUCCUUGAUACGGGGGGGGGGGGGGGGGGGUUCACUGUUACAUUUUGAA